AUGGUUCGAAAGUCGCCUGGACAAAUGUCACACGCAUUGAAAACCGGUGAGGCCAACAUCACGGAUUUCAUCGUCGCACACGGCACCACCUUUGUCAACAAUGACGUCUUCACACAAUCAACCCAUGCCUCCACCCAUCCGCACAAACACCGCCUCCUCCCAAACCACCCAGUCUUCAAAAUCAUCAACAAGCCAACUAUCCCCACCACACUCCCCCGCCUCAGCAACUUCAACCUCCCGCUCCGUCUCCUCACCCACCGAAGCCUCUUUCUUCGGCGCAAUCACAGCGCGUAUCCGCGGUCGCUCACGGAGUCGCUCGCGUGGAGGCACACUACGUAAACGGUCAAAGUCGCCUAUGCCACAGCCGACACCGUCGUCAUCGCAGUUCCAACAUGGUUCUUCGUCGACAGGGCCGGUGAGACAGACUCCGAUGCCAUUGCCGGUUCAGAACUCGAGACCGAGUCUUCAGGAUGGGGGGAGAAGGAGUACGAGUGGGAGUGAUCCAUGGAGGGGACGGCAUUCGAAUGAUUGGUUAUUUGGGGGGUACUCGGUUACGGCGUCCGCGAAGGAGUUGAUGCAGAGGAGGAAAUAGAGGUGUGAGGAUCGGUAUGGGGAGGGGUGUAGGUGUUGUUAAGGCAUACAGUGUAAGGGUGUUGUUGGGAGGAAGUGAAAUCGGUCGUAGGGAGAAGACAUCUACUACGGAUGGAAAGUGGUGUUUAUUGUGGUGAAAAGUGCAUGCUGGGGCGGGCUUUUGGUAUCACUUUGGUGACUUUGCUUAUCUUGUUUGGCUUUACAAAAUUUGUACAAUAGCUUUGGUAUAGAUUGAGUUGAAGAUUGAGGGAGAGACAAGGACGGGUUACUAAGGAUUGCAGUGGUUCAAACACAUCUUGCUGGAUAUGAGAGACCUGAUUUGAAAACAAUCACACUCGUUCUUUCCAA